CUACACUUUGCCGGUUCACAAAAUAUUGUUACUGUCACGUCGAAUUCCAUUAUUUAUACCGAUUUACCAGCAAAACGAAGAGGAUGAUGAUGCCCAGGCUGGGCCAGUUACUGGCCAUCACUACAGUUCUGUGCUGCUAUGUAUCAUUGACAGUGGGAUUCAAUUUAGCUGUCAUUGCAAUAGAUCUGGGCAGUGAAUAUACAAAGAUUGCUCUUGUCAAGCCUGGAGUCCCAAUGGAAAUUGUGCUGAAUGAUGAGUCCUCCAGGAAGACGGCGUCGAUGGUGGCCAUGAGAGAUGGUGAGAGACACUAUGGACAGGCGGCUGUCAAUACAGGUGUCCGCUUCCCUAAAAAGGCCUUCUGGUAUCUGAUGCACAUCGUAGGGCUGAAAUAUGAAGAUCCACAAGUGGAGCUCUACAGGAAGCGGUUCCCAUACUACAAUCUUAUCAAAGACGAGGACAGGGGCACAGUGUUGUUUCAGUUAGAGGAUGACUCUACAUACAGUCCUGAAGAACUAAUAGCCAUGCAGCUAGAGAAAGCAAAAGCAUAUGCUGAGACAUUUGCAGAUCAGCCAAUCAAAGAUUGUGUUAUUACAGUCCCAGCAUUUUUCAGCCAAUCACAAAGAAAAGCUAUAAUACAAGCUGCAGAAAUGGUUGAUCUCAAUAUUCUACAGAUCCUGAGUGAUAAUGCUGCAGUUGCCUUGAACUAUGGAGUGUUCAGAAGAAAAAACUUCAACUCCACGAUGCAGUAUUAUAUGUUUUAUGACAUGGGAGCGACCAGUACUACCGCCACAGUUGUAGGUUAUCAAAUGGUUAAGAUGAAGGAAGGAACCCGAGUAGAAACGAAUCCUCAGCUGGUGAUCAAGGGUGUAGGAUAUGACAAGAACCUUGGUGGACUUGAGGCUACCCUAAGGAUGCGCGAUCACCUAGCAAAAUCUUUUACCAAGUCAAAGAAAACUAAGGAGGAUGUGUACAAGAGUCCACGUGCCAUGGGCAAACUCUUCAAGGAGGCAGAACGGGUGAAGAAAGUGCUCAGUGCCAAUAAUGAUCAUUUUGCACAGGUUGAGGGACUUUUGGACAAUGAAGAUUUCAGGGUGAAGGUCACACGUGCUGAACUAGAAGGUAUGACAAUGGAUCUGAUGAAAAGAGUCACUAAACCAAUCGAAGAUGCAUUGAAGAUAUCUCAAGUGACUUUGCCAGAAAUCACAGAAAUUAUCUUGUUUGGCGGUGGGACCAGGACUCCCAAAGUGCAGACCAUACUCAGCGAGUUCUUAGGACGGCAGGAGCUUGGGAAGAGUAUCAACAGUGAUGAAGCUGCAGCCCUUGGUGCUGUGUAUCAAGCUGCUCACCUUGGUAAAGGCUUCAAAGUGAAAAUGUUCGGAAUAAAAGAAGGCACAAUUUUCCCUAUAUCCGUUGAGUUCGCCAGGCAGACAGCAGGACAAGACGACAGUGCAGUGAAGCAGAAGACCGUGAAGAGAACCUUAUUUGGUCGGAUGAAUCCAUUUCCACAGAAAAAAGUGAUGACAUUUAACAAACACGUCAAAGAUUUCACCUUCAAUGUGACUUAUAGUGACCUAUCCUUCCUGUCAGAAGAAGAGGUCAGAUCCAUGGGCAAUCCUUUGCUGGCCACCUACACUGUUACUGGUGUAGAUACUGCCUACAGUAAACACGCUGAGGAUGCCGACAGUAAAGGAGUGAAGGCACACUUCAGACUGGACGAGAGCGGUAUACUUCACAUGGAUAAGGCUGAGGUGGUGUUUGAGAGACAGGGGCCAGCAGAAGAGGAAUCCACAUGGUCAAAGAUUGGCAGUACACUUGGUGGGUUAUUUGGAUCGAGUACUGACAAAGAGACGAAGGUUGAGGAUGCUGAUCCUGGAACAGAGGUCCCUGCUGAGGAAGAAGAAGAAAGCAAAAAGGAGAACGGGAAUGAAAAGGAACAAAGAAAGACAGAAGGUGAAGAUGAAAAAGAAGAAAAAAAAGAAGAGGAAGUGAAAGAAAAAGAGGAGGAAAAAUCGGAAGAGAAAAAGGACGACAAGAAAGCUACAGAAGAUGAGAAGGCUAAAGAUAAGGAAGUAAAUGGGACAGACAGUGAGAAUGCCACGAAAUCAGACGAGGACAAGAAGGCUAACAAAACUACGACCAUCAAAGUGGAUUUAACGUCGGAGUUCAAGACGUACGAAAUCCCGCAGCUCAGUACCGACCAGCUGAAAGAUAGCAAGAAAAAAUUAGCAGAUCUAACGGCCAAGGACAAAGAGAAGAAACUGUUAGAGAAAGCUAAGAAUGAUCUGGAGGCAUUUAUCUUUGAUAUGGGUGACCGACUCUCACAACCGUUAUACGAAAAGUGCUCAACUGAGACAGAGAGAGAGGAGUAUAGUAAAACUCUGUCAGAAUCGUCAGAUUGGAUGUACGAACAGGACGAUGACGCCAAGAAAGAAAUUUACACAGAAAAGCUAAGGGAGCUGAAGAAGAUGACGAGAGAUCUAGAAAUGCGGGUGACAGAGAUGAAGGAACGACCUGAGGCGUUACAAGCACUUGAAUCCAUGUUAAACCACUCUGUGUUCUUCCUGAAGACGGUGCAGAACCUUUCUCAGGUGGAGGAACCCAUCUUCACUGAAGUAGAAGUCACGACUCUCGGGAAACUCAUCAACGACACAAUGGAUUGGAAGAAUGCUACUGUGAAGGAACAGGAAAAAAUGCUGCCUACAGAAAAACCCAAAUUAGUGGUUCAAGACAUCGGAAUGAAGAUCCAAGCUUUAGACAGAGAAGUGAAAUAUCUAAUCAACAAAGCCAAAAACUUCCGACCAAAGCCGAAGUCGAAACCCAAGAAAAAUACCACGUCUUCUGCUAACGAUACAGCCACUAAUGAAACUCAGUCAGCUGACAGUAAAACUGAUUUACCGACUGAUGGGGACUCAGAGGACACAGGUACGACAUCAGAGGGGACCACAACGACUCCGGGAGAAGAAAGUGAGUUUCCCACACCACCCACGGAGGAGACCACAACGACUCCGGGAGAAGAAAGUGAGUUUCCCACACCACCCACGGAGGAGACCACAACUCCAGGUGAAGAAAGUGAGCUUCCACCUCCACAAACAGAGAGUGACACUACCAAAAAGGAGGAGGAAGAAGAAAUUUUACAACUAGGAGACGGUGAUGAUACGUCUACAACAACUACAGAAAAAGACAAUACAGAAUCUACGACAAGAAAUAAUAAACACGACGGCAGUGAUUUAUAACAUCGGAGAUACAUAGAUACCUAUUGAUUGUUAUUUAUAACCUGUUUCAUUAAUGUCAUCUUAUAGCCUGUUUCAUUUAAUGUGAUCAUGUACAGAGGCUGCAGUUUGGUGCAAACAGUGGAUAUUGAUUUCAGACUUCAGACAAUUGUGGAUGUCACUUGAAGCUUGUUUUGUAAAUCUUGAAAAUUUGUAUUUUUUGGUUGUCAUGUGGUCAAAAUUUUGUAUUUUUUUUCUCCAUAUUAGUCCUAUUGGACCGUUAAAAGAUUUUUUCAUGAAUUUAAAGCAAUUUUUCUGUAACAUUAAGUUUCUUUGGUGGUAUACUUCUUUUACAAUUUAACACUAUUCUGCGUUGUACCCUGGGGAACAAAUCCUGUAAAAAUCAAAUCUCUGGCUUUGACAACAUGUGUAUUUGUUUGACCAGUUAGACCUGGGUUGUUUGUCUAUGAAAUAAGGACCUGAAUGCUUUGCUUUCUGACAAGGUUCAACUUAGCGGUUUAAAGCCUGUAUUUAUGGUCCUUCCUUAUUCAUGUCUGAAAUGAUACAUUAAAAUGUUGGCAAUCCACCUAUUCUGUAUAUAGAGUAGAGUUUGUUUGCUUGGGUUAUCUCCCCCUUAGCAGCCAGGGUCAUUUUUAUAUGGGGUCCCCUUGUAGUAGAUAGUGGCUGACUUACUGAACAACAUACAGGAGGCCCAUCACACGUUAUGUAGAGCUUGCACCUGGGAUCUCCACCUGUUGUAAAGGUCUGUACUGAGAUACAGUCUCUCCUUAAACAACAGGGGAUAGCUGAUUUGUUAAAUACAGACUUCUGGCUACAAAAACAGGUUCAUUUCUAUAUACAUUCAUUUAAUGAGGAUGAUACUACAUCCCUCAUGUGGAACGUUGUGGAAGCGUCCUCGGGUGGAUCUAUACAUACAUUGUACGUAGAAAUAAUUUCUGAUCUACACAGAUGUAUAUAAAGAAACUAUUUAUUCUACAGUAAGCCAGAGUUAAUGACCUUGUUUAUAUCACUCUUGCUGUCCCGGCCCCAGAUUUAUAAAUCUUCCUUAACUUAAGGAAAUUUCCUUAGAAUUGCCCAUAGGAAAGCAUUACAUAUGUGAAGGAAAUUUCCUUGUAUCAAAUUUUUCCUUAUCUUGUGUAAUACUUUUCUGAAGCCUGGCAGGAUUUAUACAGAAAGGUCAUGAUGUUAUAAGGAAGAAACUAAAGUCAGUUUAGACAGUAUAUCACUUUUGAAGAUUUAAUGUAUUUCUCAGGUUUUACUUACAACAAAUUCACUUAUAUAUUGCAUAUGGAAGAUGAGGUAAGAAAGGCUGAAAGUUUUCAUUUUUCUAUACUAAAAUUGGAGACAAAUGAUCAAAAUCUAUAAAUCACAGCCAGGGCCACCGCGGUGAAACGUGCUAAUAGUUUCCAGAUUUUCUUGAUAUUUUCCUAUGAAUCAGUUUCUGUAUUGUUUAACUACUUUAACAAAUCCAUAUUUUGUUUGGAAGAACAACAUUAUAGAGGAAGGAGAUGAUUGGGAAGUCUGUGUCUGUGUGGUGUAUGACAGAAGAUGUGUGUUUUAUCGGAGAGUGUUGUGUGUUCAUUCGCAAUUUAGAUUUAUGCUCAUUAGUUUACACUUCAAGGACAAAGAUUUAAAUUCAGGUCGAGUCACACAAGUCAGCACAACAUAAUAUAUUUAUUCCAAGAUGCUUCAUUUUUUUUUUCAUUUUAAAGAAGGGGAGAAAUUAGUAGAACUGUUGAUGGAAGAGGAAGAAAUUACAUGAUUUCUGUUUCCCUACAACAACUUAUCAUGGGGAUGCAUUUUGAAAUAAAAUUUGAAAAAAAAAAUGUUCUUAUUGCUUGCAUACAAUGCUAUGAUGUAACAAUAGUGUAAAACAACAUCUUACAAUGACUGGUCUGUGUAAGUAAUGUGUUUUAUAUGAAAUUUUUAUAUAAGCAUUGCCAUACCUGUUGUUACUGAUACGUGUACAGGAUUCUUAGAUAAAAAAUCCUACAGGAGUGUUGAUUUAAUAUAAUUCAUAUUUCUGAGGAAAAUUUUUUAAAAAUCAGGCAAACUCUCUAACUUCUCUUUAAACAUUCCUGUCGUUCAGCGACUGUGAAGGGGAUUAUAUGAUAGUUUAGAUAUGGGACAUUUCACCAUGCUAAGCUGCUUGUUAACUCGCUGCCUAAUCACAAUAAUUUUUUUUGUCAAUUUCUUGACCUGUAUGUUCAGUUAAAAAACUUGUGUUCGUAAGUUCCUGAGUGACGAUAUUGAUCAAGUGUUGUAACAUUUUCGUAUUGUUUUCAACUAAAUAUUUUGUAUAUAAGGAUUUGAAUGUUGUAUGUUUGUGUACAAGAGAGAUAUGAUGUAUAGAAGAUCUAAUCACAUGUCUGACAAGUUUCCCAGCCUGGUGUUGUCUCUUAUUUAUUGUUGUAAAUAAAUAAUUUCAAUUUUUCAAGCGAGAUGGAUGUUGAUGAUGUCGUACAGGCAUUGUCAGGGCUACAACAGUAACAAAUGAGAUUUGACAAAAAUGUGAAUGAAAAAGUGCAGUGCAAGUUUAAUAGAAUAAACUGUUGAAUGACA